UUUGGCCGGGUAGUUUUGGAUGAUUUCACCUCGUGGUUGUCAAAUAGCUAUAGACGUAUUCUUCCAUACUUGUUUAUGGUUUCAUUAAAAAUGUAUAUAUCCAUUUUAUUUAAGUAUAUGAUCUAAGAGAUCUUAUGCCCUUUCUCUGAUUAAUGUUCUUAGUAUUUUUUGAGGAAGCAGACUUAUGUAAAAAUUUGAAGCAUGAGAAAGAAAGGAAAGGUUCAUUUCCUUUCUGUUCAUAGGACCACUUUGAUUCCGUACAUGAGACCUGGAUCGCACAAAACAAAGAAAGACAUGGACGGCACCCAUAAAAUCAAAUGGACUCUGUACAUAAGCCUAGCAUCUAUGUUCAUUUUCGUAUCGGUGACGGAAGUGGGACCUUUUUCUUCUAUGAAGAGACUUUAUUCGUCGUACGAGCCCGAUUUUCGUCACAAGUAUGUCAUCGUGUUUGAUGGAGGCAGUACCGGCACCAGAAUACAUGUUUUUACAUUUGUAAAUAAUAGCUCAAGUGGGCGCUUAGCUCUUGAAAAUGAAUAUUUUGAAGAAGUUAAACCCGGUCUUUCAAAUUAUGCUCAUAAGCCUCAAAGUGCUGCCAAUAGUGUUUUGCAUUUACUGGACAAGGCAAAGGAUCUUGUUCCACCUAGUCAAUGGGAUGAAACUCCUGUAGCAUUGAAAGCAACUGCUGGCCUUAGAUUAUUACCUAGUACAUUAUCAGACUCUAUCUUGAAUGCUAUCAGUGAAGCUUUUCGAGGUUCUCCAUUUUUAACUGAUGAAGAAAGUGUGGGUGUUUUAGAUGGAGAAGAUGAAGGUCUUUAUGCCUGGUAUACAUUGAAUUUUCUCUUAGGGAGAUUAAAUGAAGCUAGUCAUUCAGUUGUAUCAUUGGAUUUAGGAGGUGGAUCAACACAAAUAACAUUUACACCUGUAGAGCUAGAUAGUUUUAUACGUACUCCAAAAGAUUACAUAGUUCUUAAGAAAAUUCAAAAUAAAACAAUGCCAGUUUAUACUCACAGUUAUCUAGGUUUAGGCUUGAUGGCUGCUAGAGUAUCAAUUUUGCAUUUAUCUUCUGAAAAUUCAGUUUCUUUGAAAAAUGAUGAAACAAAAUUUAGAAGUUCCUGUAUACAUCCACAUACUAAGCAUACUUGGAGACAUGAUAUGAAGGAUUACAUUGUGAAGGGUAGAAAAGAUGAAAAAUAUGGAUUUCAAGAAUGUUAUAAUAAAGCAGUUGAGUUUCUUGGAGACAUGGUUGACAAACCUGAAGAAUUACGAAGACGAGAUGUUUAUGCUUUAUCUUACUACUAUGAUCGAUCACGAGAUUUAGGCCUUAUAGACUCAGAAAGUGGACAUACAAGCGUCGGGGAUAUUAUGAAAGCCUGUAAAGAUGCAUGUUCUCUGAAAAAACCCAAAGAACCUCUUUUAUGCCUGGAUUGCAGUUACAUCUCAGCCUUAUUACACCAUGGCCUUGGAUUACCUGAACGAAAAGAAAUUCUGUUAGCCAAACGAAUUGAUGGAAUUGAAACAAGCUGGGGCCUUGGAGCUGCUUUCAACCUACUAAGAUAACAUAGACUUUUCUUUAAUUGAACCUAUUUGUUAGUUGAUCUGAGCAGGACUCUCAUACCUGUGACAGUUUUCGAAGCUAUUUUUAUCUCACAUGUAUGCUACACUUCUAUGCGGCAUAGUUCUCAUUUUUCAUUCUUUGAAAUUUGGAGAAUUCUUAGCUUCUCUGUGAUAUGCUUAUUUAUUGGACAGUGCAUUUCAGUAUUCCAAACGGAUUCGAAAGACAAACUUAAUGAAAGAAUCUAUUUGUGUAUUACAUUAUUGACCGUUGUUUUUAGCAUCGUUGAAAUGUAUAUUUGAAUAAAUUAUUUUUUAUGUAA